UCUCUCUCUCACCGGUGUGUCCGCAGGUCUGGAGACUUUUAACAGCAGCAGGACCGUCGACGUUCACCACAGAAGACUGAAGCUCUGAAGGAGGAAGCUCGUUUUUAUUACUAUUAUUUACUUUAUUCGUUUAUUUAUUUGUUUGUGCGGCAUUUAUCAUAUUUCAAUCAAAGAUGAACGGAGUCACGAGAAGUCUGUGCACCUUUGAGGACAUCAGAAAUCAAGACUAUGGGGAGGGGUGCAGGCGGCUGCGGCUCACACUGCAGGACCAGAACCAGGCAGCUCGGAGCACAGAGCAGCACCGGGACAAGCCAGUCGGACGAGCGUACGCACUGGUGCAGCCGGCCAGCGACAGGACACCUGUGACCCCCGAGCCGGUCAAAUCUACAGAGCAGGUGGAAGUUAUCAAAGUGUAUCUCGAGGCGCGCAGACAAGAGCAGCACAAACACCAGCAGAGCCUGAAGAUGCUGUCGGAUGAGGUUUCACAGAUACAGGAGGUGAGGUAUUGCCUGAAGUCACUGAGGGAGCAGAUGGCGGCCAAAAACAAGUCGCACACAAACGGGUGGAAAGUCAGCGUCCCCUUCAGAAAGAGCUCCUCGUCUGCCCCCAAGGGAGCAGCCAAAGCUGACGUACAGGAAGUGGAUGAUGAGGCGGAGAGGACCAACCUGAGGGAAGUCAGUAAACGCUUGUAUGCGCAGCUGCAGGAAGCUGAGAAGAAACACCAGGAAGAGAGGGAGAGGCUGCUGGCUGAGGGCACCAGACUGAAGGAGCGUGUGAGCGACCAGGAGGAGAAGUUGAAGGCCACAGAGGAAGCCAACGAGAGGAAAGACCAGCGCCUUGAAGAGGUCCAGAGGCUGCUGGGAGGGAUGGAGCUGGAGAGCUCCACCCUGCGGGAGACGAUCCGCAGCCGGGAGGAGGAACUCCGCGAGCUGCGCAAGAUCAGAGAGGAGGGCCAGAAAGGGGAUCAGAGGGCUGAACAGUUGGAGAAGGAGGUGGCCAUUCUCAAAGAGAAGAUCCACCAUCUGGACGACAUGCUGAAAAGCCAACAGAGGAAAGUCAGACACAUGAUUGAGCAGCUCCAGAACUCUCGCAUGGUGAUCCAGGAGAGAGACCGCGUGAUCAAAGAGCUGGAGGAGAAAGUAGCAUUCCUGGAGGCUGAGAACCGAGAGAUGCAUGACCAGAUGGACUAUUUCCUGGGAGGACAGAGGUCCAACUCCUACCUUUCAUCAGAGCGCAACCCCCAGAUUGUCUACAGUAGACAACUCAAGCCGUCCAACUCAUCCAACAAACCACUCCCUUUCAUCAAAGUCAUCGAGAUCAAGUCAUGAAGCGACUGAUCAGGUGACGGACACAUUUCUGAGGUGACGGCCACAGAACCACGAAAACCUUUUCCAAUGCAGACUGAAACACAAACAACAGCUCCACUCCCACGUCUGAGGGCGUGAACGAUGCGAGCUGAGCGUCCCGGACUGCGACACUUCCACUAACCACAAACACUCUUGAAGGAAACUGCGUGGCGUUUGGCAGCACACAUACAUGGGGUUCGUUGUGUGUCUGUAUAAAGAGUGAUUGUAUGUCAGCUUUAAUUUAGAUACAUUAAGUGUGCGGAUACACCUGAUGUGCUUUUAAAGUUUAUCAUAUAAUACAGCAGCAUACUGUCUGCGUGUGUGUCCUAGUCCUGCCCUUGUUUUCAUCACUAUUUUUGACCUUUGAGUUUUUGGGAUCUGUGUUGUUGUGUUGAAUGUGUGUCGUGUGCAUUGGGCAGGAUAGCAGAGCUUUUGCUAAAGUGGACAAUGAAGUUAUUAAGUCCACAUGAACAGUAAUGUAGCACCAGUAAACUGUAGCUAACUCGGCUGUUGUGACAGAUCAGUUUCACGUUAAAAUCAUUAACCAGGGGAUGUGAAUCCUGUGUCCUUGUCCUCAUUAGCCACUCACACAUGAUUUCACCAUCACUGAGUGAAUGUUUGAUGCUGCAGCACGUAAACUCGUGUGACUUUUAAGCCCAAAACGACAAUAUGGCACUUAAAGAAACUGUGAGGAAGCAGAAGGAUAAAUUAAUAUUUUCACAAAGCAUUUCAGUUCCCUGCCAUUAUGUGUACUGUCUAUUUGUUUUGUACAUAUUAUUAAUUAUUGUGAUUUGAUGUUUUAAUUUCUGCCUAACAACUUUCUCCUCUGUAUUUAUUUAUAUUGAAUAAAAAACAUCUAGACAGA